AAAAAAUACUAGUAGAGCGAGUGGUUUCACACAAUAUUUAAAAAAAAAUAAUAUAGAUAAAUACAUAAAUUUAUAUAUAUAUAUAUAUAAAAUUCAGACGCAAUUAAUACCAAACUACAGGGAUAUACAUAAUCACUUUAAUAGAAUGUAUGGCAUGAUUCCCUCGCCAAAUCCACUGGAUGUCGUUUCGGCUCUACGUAUUCAAAACGAAGAGCCCAUUCCCAGCAAAGUCGAGGACGGAUCACCUUCUGCUGAGUACGCGGUCGAAUUGGACAGGAGUAUGUACUAUGGCAAUGACAUAGUCUCUGGUAAUGUCAGAGUGAGCACCAAGAUUGAUAUACUCGUACCUCGAGUAAAAGUGGCAGUUGUGUGCACCUUCAGGUUAAACCUGCCUUUCGUGGCUUACGGUAGCAAUGCCUGUCGGAAGGUUCAUAUCUGUUCGAAAGUUCUUUGCAGGGAUUUGAUAGUUGAGGCGGGUAGCACCUCGAUACCAUUUUCAUUUCAUCUGCCGUCGGAGAUGCCUUCAUCUAUGACUCAUGGGUUUUGUAGUAUUACGUGGGACGUGCGACUGUUUCAUGUGAGCGAAAACAGCCCUAAGGUACUGGCCUAUAAGAAAUUCAAGACCACAGCUCUGUAUUAUGCCCACACGAACUCGCCACCGAGAGUGCAGUAUGAAUCGCCAUGUCCUUCAACCGGUCAGCACCAACUGAGAGCCGAACUUAGCCUCUCCAGGGACGUUUAUAGAUGUAAUGAGCCUGUUGACUUUACAGUUGUACUACACAAGCUAAACAAGCACAUCAAAGUGAAAAGUAUACGUGCCAAAAUCAUCCAGAAAGUGGUUGUAGAGAAAUCAGUCGACAGCAGCGAAACGAACUGUACAGUUGAUGAAAGUUGUUUUCGCUACAAGGCCUGUAAAUCUAAAUGGAUUGCAGUCACCACUGGAAUUGCUUCUACCCAUUCAUCGUGUUUGAUACCAAAAUCAGCUUGCAAUCCCAAUUUUAAAUUAGCGACGAACACAUACAAGGGUGAUGAGGAUGCGACAAUUUCACUUUCACCCUCGAUCUGUCUCGCAGAUUCACACGGCAAAAAUCACUUUACAGUGUCAUAUGCUGUGCAAGUGGAGAUAAAGGUGAAGGGCUCGGCAAAUGUGCUUUUAUGCGUGCCGUUUUCAUUGCAAAGCAGUCAUGUUGUGCUGGACGAUCUAGCGCCGAGCAGGCUCGGAGUCGAUCUUCUGGACUUCUAUUCUUUUCCUGUACCAAUAGAGCAACCGCCUGAAUACCAACAUCAUGAGAAUCUGUCGGUCGGUUCCUAUACAUCCUUACGCCGAGAUUCUGUCAAUAGUGUUUUCUGUGCCAAGGUUCGCGAAGUCGAAAGGGAAUCUUCGGUAGCUGAGGAGGAUUGUAAAUCUGACCCGAAGUGCAGAGACAAGAAGACAGACAUUCAUACAUUUCCAAGAAUGUUGUCGCCAGCACGCGAUAAACAAAUCUCUAGUAAAUCAGCCAAGCUCGAUAGGACAACUGAAAGUCAGAGAAAAGCUGCAAAUCCAACAAAUUACUUUGCACACAUGUGUCCCGGUAUAUAUUAGUUGUUCUGGUACCGUUCUGACUGCCCGAAUCUACAUUCGAAAUAUAUGAUAGUUAAUAAACAGAGUAGAAGUUGACGAUAUGUACGCGACCACUACCUUACGGGAGUGUUUGGAGUCACGAAGAGCGCUGGUACGCGGUGGCAGGCAUGCAAUACUGCGCACCUCAAGAUAUUCUUGUGAUCCUAUUUCAAUAUCUCAUUAGUAAGAGCAACAUGUUCAAAAAAAUAUCCGGUUGUGAAGGUGACGUAGUCGUGGUAUAUUGCUCUGUCAAGAACAGUUAAAUCGUGAUCUAUUUUGCACGAAAAGUGACUUAUUAAAACAGUAAAGCGAGAGUAGUAUUGAGUAUUACAAAUAUGUGAUAAAAAAAAUGACAUCGUUAUUACCUAUUUAUUUGCACAUAAAUAUGUAUCAAAUAUCAAACAAUAAUGUAAAUAGAUCAGGACUCGGGUAUGUAAGUAUUUAUGUAUUUAUUUUAUAUUGUACAUCAAGAGACCUGAAAACAUAUACAUAAAAAAUAAAUAAAAAAUUGCAC